AUGGGAUCUGGAGGAGUGGGCCUCCUCAGGGCCAGGUGGACCUUGGCUUUCCUGCUUCCACUCUGCAUGGUCCUGCGGGAGGACUUCCAAAUCCAGCCUCGGGACAUGAUGGCUGUGGUGGGUGACCAGAUUAUUCUGGAGUGUGGGCCACCCUGGGGUCUCCCAGAGCCCACAGUUACUUGGUGGAAAGAUGGGAAACCCCUGAUCCUACAUCCAGGGCAGCACACAGUGUCCAAGGGUUCCCUGCUGGUGGCAAAAGCAGAGAAGAGCGACUCGGGGACCUACAUGUGUGUGGCCACCAACAAUGCCGGGCAGCGGGAGAGCCGGGCAGCCAGGGUAUCUGUCCGGGAACCCCAUGACCAUGAGGAGCCCCUGGAGCUUCUAGCUGUGCACAUUCAGCUAGAAAACGUGACCCUGCUGAACCCUGACUCAGUAAAGGGCUCCAAACCUAGGCCUGCAGUGUGGCUCAGCUGGAAGGUGAGUGGCCCUGCUGCACCUGCUCAGUCCUACAGGGCCUUCUUCAGGGUCCAGCCUCCCCCAGGAGGCCAGGAAGCUCCAUGGGCAGAGGUCAUACUGGCUGGUUGGCAGAGUGCAGAGGUUAGGGGCCUCCACUGGGGCCGAGACUAUGAGUUCAAAGUGAGACCAUACUCCGGCCGGGCUCAAGGCCCUGACAGCAACGUGCUGCUUCUGAGGCUACCAGAACAAGUUCCCAGUGCCCCACCCCAGGAAGUGACCCUGAAACCCAGCAAUGGCAGUGUCCUUGUGAACUGGGUCCCACCACCUGCAGACAACCACAAUGGCAUCAUCCGUGGCUACCAGGUGUGGAGCAUGGGCAACACCUCACUGCCCCCAGCUAACUGGACCGUGGGAAGCCAGCAAACCCAAAUGGAGAUUUCCACUCACACAUCAGGCUCCUAUUGUGUGCAAGUUGCUGCACUUACUGGCGCUGGGGCUGGGGAGCCCAGUAGCCCUGUCUGCCUCCUUUUAGAGCAGACCAAGGAGCAAGCUGCCCAAGAGCCCAGUGACCCUGAUACCCAGACCCUGGAACAACUGAGAGCCACUCUGAGGCGACCAGAGGUUAUUGCCAGCACAGGGGUCAUGCUCUGGCUGUUGCUGCUGGGCACUGCCUUGUGUGUCCACCGCAGGCGCAGAGCUGGGAUGCACCUAGGCCCAGGUCUAUACCGAUAUACCAGUGAGGAUGCCAUCCUAAAACACAGAAUGGACCACAGUGACUCCCCCUGGCUGGCAGACAUUUGGCAUUCUACCUCUGGUUCUCGGGACUUGAGCAGCAGCAGCAGCCUCAACAGCCAGCUGGGAGUUGACCCCCGGGUCCCUCUAGACUACCAUCGCUCCUUGAUCUCCUGGGACCCUCGAAGCCCCGGUGUGCCUCUGCUUCCAGACACCAGCACUUUUUAUGGCUCCCUCAUCACUGAGCUGCCCUCCAGUUCCCCAGUUAGGCCAAGCCCCAAGGCCCCAGCUGUCAGGUGCCCCCCAGCCAAGCUGGCCCGGUUCUCCAGCCCCUGGUCCAGUUCAGACAGCCUCUGCAGCCGCCAAGAACUCUCUUCUCGCCUGUCGUUGGCUCCUGCAGAAGCCUGGAAGGCCAAAAAGAAGCAAGAGUUGCACCAGGCCAACAGCUCCCCACUGCUCCGGACCAGCUACCCAAUGGGGCACUGGGCCUGGGAGCUAGGGGAUAGAGACACUAAGAACCAUUCCGAAAGCAAAGGAAUUGUGUCCAGAGCUCUGGUUGCCUGGAGGGCCCUGGGACCCCAGCUCCCGGCUAAUCAACCUCUUCCUCCUGCACCACCCUCUCCUCAUGGAACCCCCACUCAGAGUAAACAGACCCAGCCCUUGGUGGAGUCGCAAGCUUCCUCCUCCCUCCCGCUGCCAGCAGCCCCUAUUCCCAUCUUUAUCCCCUCAAGUCCCCCUAGCCCCUACAGUCCCUGGACCUGUUCACUCUCUGGUCCCAGUCUGGCUUCCAGUUGCCUGUCUAGCGAUUCUCUGUCAUCCCUGGGGGAAGAUCAGAAUAGUGUGUUGACCCCUGAGGAGGUGGCCCUCUGCCUGGAGCUCAGUGAAGGUGAAGAGACCCCCAGGUGA